UUCUCGCUCUCGCUGCUCGGAAGUAGCUCGACGAGGCGCAUCGGCGAUUCACCGAUGAUUGAGUGCGGUCUUCCUGUGUGACAUUCUCGAGCCCGUCAGAGAGUCGACAAGAGAAGGCCUGACAAGACUCAGCUACGCUCGGGUCAACCGCUCCCUGGACACGGCUGGCCUGCGUCGAAAUGGCGGCGAUGGGCAGCCAGCGUGGGAGUUGCUGCAGUUCGCUGACGAGCUCAAUGUGCGCAAUCUGCUCAAGGCCAUCUGUCUGCGUGAUAGAGGCGCCUCAGGGCGGCUGGGGCGGGGUGCGUGAGGUUCUGCAGCUGGCGGGGCAGUGCCGCAAGCGGCUGCCCAUCAUGGUCACUGUCGCCUGCGGUAAGCAAGGAAGGAAGGCUGGCUCACUGACUGACUGUGCGGCCGUCAGGCAGCUUAUCAUUUUUGGUGUGUGUGGGGAUGCAUUCAUUGACUGACUGCAUGCAGGCAUGCUUGGCUCAGCCGAGUGUGUUGGCACAGCCCAAGAUGGUGGGCCACCACAUCUUUGCCGGCGAGCAACUCAAAGUCUUCCAGCACGGUGCCGACACGCAAGGUGGGUGAGCCAGCGGCUGACACAAGGCAGAGCAAGUCAGCCCUCUCUUUUUUUGGAUCAUUGCAAAUGUCUGACUGAUUGUGCCUUCACUUCAGAUGUGCGUGUCAUUCGUGACGAGGCUGCGUUUCGGCUGACGGUUGACCCACCCCCUUCUGCCACACCCCACCACUACCACCAGCAUCGACAGCCCAAUGACCCACCCGUCAGCAGCCCCAUCCAGUACACCACGGUGGACCCAUGGGCCUCUCCUGGGCGGCAGAAGGAGUGCAACUAUGUGGUCAGUGACCCACCUGUGGCGUAUUCCUCUCUGUAGUCGAUGCGCCAUCGGCCCUCGACACAUCGCGCAUCGUAUCUAUCACACCCACACACUCGUCGACAGGUCAGUCAGGUCCGCACACCGCAUAGCAUAAUACCCUCGUGUGUGCCUUUAAUUGUGCAAUGUGGCCUGUCUGUCUGUCUGUCUGUCAUCCCUGGGUGGGUGGGUUGAUGGAUCAAUCAGGCACGUUGAUGGCGGUCGGCUGCACGCCAUCUUGACACGAGCCACUGGAGGGCUGCACGACCACCACAGACUACCGCACACCCGCCUCAGGCAACGGGGCCCCUGCACGCUUCGAGUGCCAGUUGGUGCUGACCGACGCCGCCCACUCGUUCGUCGCCUGGCUUACCAUCAGCGAGCGGGACAAUCUGCUGGGUGCGUCAGUCAGCACAAUGAUGGCGCUGCGCAGCCAUCAUGGGUGUGUGUGUAUCCGUCUACUUACCGAUGUGCUCGUGUGAUUGAUGCAGUGCGUGUUGAGGUCAAGACGAGCGAGAUCCCGGUGCGUGACGACUUAUGUGCCGUCAAGGACCGCCACCCACAGACGGCCGCACUGCCUGGGGGACCACAUCGCACCGCAGCUCUUGGACGUGCUGGCUGGCCUGCCGCACUCACGGACAGCCCAAGCAAGUACGCUGUCCAAGUACACCAACAGCCCAUACAUAGCUCACACGUGUGUGUGUGUGUGUGUGUGUGUGCAGGAGGGGGCGGAGUACAGACAGACAUUUUGAUGUAGAUAUCAGGGUCUGGGCGGAGGGACCGUUUGUGCAUAGUGAGGGAGUAUGGGCGUUCGUGUGUGUGCAGUGAGACGCUGGCUACUCCCCUGUGACGUGUGUGCCUCAGCUCAUUGCACGGUGCAUUGCAAGGCGUCUGAGUGAACCAGCCAGCUGUCGGUCUGCCACGCAGUGCUGCACGCCAACCGCAUUCCGUCUGUCUGCGUCUUCUUUUACUUUGUCCUCGGCUCAGCCGUGUACGUCUACCGUUACCUCUACAUCAAGGUGCAAAAACCAAAAACGGAGAGAGGCAUCCUUACAUCAAAGUGUCCUCUCGAAUGCGAUGCGUGGCACCGAUCACUGACCGAAAAGACCGAGAUAGAUGUGUGCGGCGAGAGCACUGACUGACCAAAGUGCAUGUCGGAACGCGAAGACGAUGCUGCCC